GGGAGAUGAGCCGUAUAUAUUUCUAAGACAGAAUACCCGGAGGAGAAACUUCAUUUCUUCAAAAACAAAGUAGAAAUGCGGCUCAGGGAUGAGGAAAGAAGCAUUUUUUAACAGGGCACAGGGCAACCUCUGUGUGGCAGCCAAGGGCUGACCUCAGCACGAGGGCAAUUCCUUAUUAAGUCUGCAUUUCUCUGGGAGUCUGGGCGCCGUUGUCAGAGUGGGCGCCUGUGUGUCCAGCCUCAGGCCGGUCUAAGAACCCAGUAUCCUCGCCUCAUUCUCUGUACUUGGAUCUGACUCUUACCAGGAUGAUUAACGACUGAACUUUCUCUGAAACUCUUCCCACAGAGCCACUCGGUGAAGAGUGAAGAGAGAAAAGACAUGGGAUGCCUGCCUUAUCCUGGGCUCAAGCUCCUUGAAGGCAGGGCACGUCUUUCACAAGGCCUGGCAGCUGUAUCUUGGACGUCUGGGGUGACCCAGCCCACAUGGCACAGUGCUGGGCACGACACCCAAGCAGUCACUCAGUUACCUUUGCCAGCUGCACACCUUCCAGCCUUCCCUUGGGAAAGGCGUGACCGGCCGGUGAAAAGCUGUAUUGGGCAGCCCCACAAGGCCCUUUUGCACAGUCUGCUAGAGAGCUUAGCACUCAGCCAAAGUCUGCAGGAAGCUUCCCGUGUUGAAGAAACCGGCUCAGAAAGGUGACGUAACUUGCCCAAGGACACCCAGCUAAGUGGCAUGGUCAGACUUUGAAACUAAGUUUGAUCCCAGAACCCUCGCUUUUAACCACGAACACAGGCUCCGGACGCGCAGGCUCAGCGGCCAUGGCUCAUGGGCCCAGCUGCUCCGCGGCAUGUGGGAUCCUCCCGGACCGGGACACGAACCCGUGUCCCCUGCUUCGGCAGGCGGACUCUCAACCACUGCGCCACCAGGGAAGCCCUCUCUGCCUGAUUUUUUAUGAAGCUAAUGCCUACUUGUUUUCAGUAAACUUUUUAUAAGGAAACUAAGGCUCAGAGAGGCUGAUAACUUGCCCAAAGUUACAGACUAAUGUGUGGCAAGUGAAGAGAAUUGGAGCACAUGUAAGAAGAAGCUGAGCUCAAGUCUAGUUUGUGCUGUUUUCACCUGUGAUGUCGCUGGAGCUGCUGUGAGGAGUUAAUGAGAAAAAGUAUGGGAACUAUAGAGCAUUCUACCAAAGACCACGGAGAGACAAAACUCUUUCUUCCCUCCUUCAGCAAUGUGAAGCCAUGUUCAAAGCACACAUCCAAGAGUACACUCAUUUUGUAGUUCCGUAAAGAAUCCAAAUUUGGGACUGAGGAGGAGAUGGUGAGCGCGGCAUCCCCAGACGAUGGAGGAGCAAAAGGCGGAGGAAAAAGAGAAAGAGAAGAGAGCCAGCUGCUCCCCGGGAACAACUUCACCAACGAGUGCAACAUUCCAGGCAACUUCAUGUGCAGCAAUGGGCGGUGCAUCCCCGGCGCCUGGCAGUGCGACGGGCUGCCCGACUGCUUCGACAAGAGUGACGAGAAGGAGUGCCCCAAGGCUAAAUCGAAAUGUGGCCCGACCUUCUUCCCCUGUGCCAGCGGCAUCCACUGCAUCAUUGGCCGCUUCCGGUGUAACGGGUUUGAGGAUUGUCCCGACGGCAGCGACGAAGAGAACUGCACAGCAAACCCUUUGCUUUGCUCCACUGCCCGCUACCACUGCAAGAACGGCCUCUGCAUUGACAAGAGCUUCAUUUGCGAUGGGCAAAAUAACUGUCAAGACAACAGCGACGAGGAAAGCUGUGAAAGUUCUCAAGAACCAGGCAGCGGGCAGGUGUUCGUGACCUCGGAGAACCAGCUCGUGUACUAUCCCAGCAUCACCUAUGCCAUCAUCGGCAGCUCCGUCAUCUUUGUGCUGGUCGUGGCCCUGCUGGCUCUGGUCCUGCACCACCAGCGGAAGCGCAACAACCUCAUGACGCUGCCAGUGCACCGGCUCCAGCACCCCGUGCUGCUCUCCCGCCUGGUGGUCUUGGACCACCCUCACCGCUGCAACGUCACCUACAACGUCAACAAUGGCAUCCAGUACGUGGCCAGCCAAGCCGAGCAGAACGCGUCUGACGUGGGUUCCCCGCCCUCCUACUCAGAGGCCCUGCUGGACCAAAGACCCGCAUGGUACGACCUCCCUCCACCGCCCUACUCUUCAGACACCGAGUCUCUGAACCAAGCCGACCUGCCCCCUUACCGCUCCCGGUCUGGCAGCGCCAACAGCACCAGUUCCCAGGCAGCCAGCAGCCUCCUAAGUAUGGAAGACACGGGCCACAGGCCGGGGCAGCCUGGCCCACAGGAAGGCACCACGGAGCCUAGGGACUCUGCACCCAGCCGGGGCGCCGAAGAAGUAUAAAAUCCAGCUCUUCCAAAGUCCACAUGGGCUCAUCUGCUCUGACUUGUUACCAUCCUAACAACUUGCGCUCGUGGGAAGCUCCUCAGGAGGCCUCAAGGAGUGACGUGGGGUGUCAGCUCUCUCUCCGUUCACCUCCUUCCCCAGAUUUCAGGGAUGUUCUCCGGAGGGCGACCUGGCACUGUUCUGGCCUCUCAGUUGCCCUGAUGUAUGUGCAUCUUUUCUGGGCAGUUACUCUUCCUUCGGGGCCCAGGAUCACAGCCUCACUCUGCACAUCAUUCUGUUACUGCUGGAACCUUGCUGAGCAGGUGGCCGGAGAGUGCGGUACUUAGGUGGCCCUUGAGAAAGCAGUGUUUGUGCCGUAUGGGGUGUUCAGAAGGGCAGAGGACACUGGACCAGAUUCUCUGUGGGCUGCUUCCUUAGAGCUCCAUUUGGAGAUUUGGGUUGGGUGGUCCUACCGGGAGGCUGUCAUUGGAUGGCCACUCUGGAGAGAAUCCAGGGGAGCAUCAGAACCCGCCUUGCACUAGGCUGUUCAUUGCUCUGGGUCGGGGCCAAAGAACCCUGUUGCCGUGAGUCACGCCCUUCAGAAGUCAACAGUGUCAUCCUGGUUUUCUGAAGGACUCUGAAACCAUCAGGUCUGGAUAGAGUCUGGAUUUAAAAAUUUGUCCGAGAAUGCUCGUUUUGAGAGCUUUCUCCAGGAUCAUAUAUCAUCGGCCUCAUUCCAGAGCAGGCAGGGCGCCCCACCAUGAGUUUAUCUGAGUUCUCAGCUCCUAAAGUACAGGCUGCCAAGAUCCUGGGUCUGCUUUGGUCCACAGUCCUUUCCCUGGCUUCUGGAUCGUCUCCCUCCCAGCUGUGACCUGCCCGUACAACAAGGGAUGAGUACCAAACCUGAGUUGCCCAGAAAUCUGACCUGGCCCUUUGUCCCUGUAAGCCGCACCCAGCCUGCCUUGCCCAUUCAUGCAGCUUCAGCACUCGCCCCCUAAGUCCCCCUGACACUCAGCAGUCAUUUUACCUGUGCAUUUGGACUUGAGAACACUGUAGGUUCUAACUCAACGUGAGAACCUAAUUCAGUACCUCCCCCGAGAGAGCCUGGAUUCCUGGGCUGCACUCACCCCCCUUCCCAAGGCCCAGAUUCGUGCGCUGCAGGUUAGGGUUAGGGCUGGAAUCAGAGUGAGGCUCGGGCCUCUCCGAGCAUCCCAUAGUUUCUCCUCUGAGAGACGUGGAUAAUAAUUUGGAGUCAAGAUUUGCCAUUCGGACUUUUUUUUUUUUUUUUAAUCUCUUAGAAAUGCAUUUGAAACAGUGUGUUUGUUUUUUCCCUUCUAGUUAAGGGACUAUUUAUAUGUGUAUAGGAAAGCUGUCUUUUGUUUGUUUGUUUUUCCAUUAAAGAGGUCCAAGCAAAGAUGCAAAAGGAGAUGAUGGUUCCUUUGUCCCGCUGAGCACGCUAGUAACAAGUCCCCCAGACUGACCUGUGUGCCAGGCGUCUGUGCAUUGUUGCACUUUGAGUUAUUAUUUAUCGAGGUCUUGAAGGACGCAGAAUGAGGGACGCCUUUCUCCCUCGGCUCAUAGGCUCUGUGUUUAUGGAAGCUUUCCUCUUUCUCUGUGCCCAGCCAGCCACAGUGCCAACCCCCUCAGAAGUCAUGGGUGGAAACGUAGGUGUUAUUCGUCAAGAAUCCACACUAAUGGCUGUGGGGGAACAAAACUGGAACCAAGUGGAGCCACUCUGGGCAGCUGUCACCCAUGCAGAGCUGCUUUCCACGUGGUCAGUAACCUCUUUGAUGCUUAUUCAAACGGAGCCUGCAGGAGGGGGGAUGAAGUGGCAUUCAAUGAUCCUAUUCUGUAGGCUUUUCUUUUUUAAACCAAAUUCAAAGUGUGUUGCAGGAAAGCUAGCCACUUGGUGAUUUUUUUUUUUAAGUUAAGAAAAGGAACAUAGUUGCCUACAUCUUUCAUUUUUAAAAUAACGUGAGUUAUUUUCUGAGUAAUCCAGUGAAGAAAGAACUUUUGGUGGCAGCCGAAGUAUGUGAGGAACUCUAGCUGAAUAUUUCAUCUCCUGUGAGCUAGAGUGGCUUCUUUUCUCCCUCUGGUGGCCCCUGCUGCUUUCUGCUGCUCUGGAAGUUGUUUAGAGGAAAGGAUUCUCAUUUUAAUUAAUCAUGUGAUGAAUUAGUCUCACGCGCUUUUCAGCUUCCAGGCAUCUUAGGAAAGACAGAUGGCCUUAGUAGCAUAAGGAGAGCCUAUUAAUGUUGUUUUUUAAAACAAACACAGGGAUGUUUUUAUUAUAGAUUUGAUUUUUUUUAAUGGCUCUUUUUAAAAAGAUAUAAAUAGGACACCAAAGCUGCAGGGGUUUUUUGUUUUGUUUUUUCCCCCUACUCAAAAUAGCAAAUGAGUGGCCAGCAUUAUUUUUUAACUCAUUCCAACGAGGAUGUUUUUUUAUACAUGGCCUAAAUCUAUGCCGAUCAGAAAACCAUCCCUGCUCUCUUUUCUCAAAUGAGAUCAGCGAGUCCUUUUUAUUUUAGCAUUAAAAUCGUUCAGCUAUGAUCAUUAUCACCUGCCCUCAAUUCCUUCUACUUUGAAAUUGACAUUUUAAAAAAAUGCAAGCAAGUGGUAAAUAAAUCGUGUGUGACAUUCAAAGUUGAUGUAAACUGGAAAGGUUGUGCGUGGUUGCUUUUGUUUUUUGAUUAGGUUUUUUUUUUAAUUUUAUACUUUCAAAUAAACUUGCAGUUUCAUUCUU